CCGUCGAUGAAUUCCUCCAUCCGUCAAUGUAAGACAAGUGCAAACAGGCACCUGACUGAUAAUAAGACGAUUUGAGUUUUCGGUAAUAGGAGAAGUCAAUUCUUUAUAGCUUAUAUAUGUUUGCAGCACUUCUGCCAUGUCUUGAUUGACCUUUUGCAGCUGGAUAAUCAUACCCUGGUCACAAGCAUGAACAAAUCACUCUUUCUAUCACUACCGAGAGAGAUACGGGAUAUCAUAUACAGCUAUGUUCUCGUAGGUCUCGGUCCAUCUCGCCACAAGACGGCACGCUGUGCUCCAGCAUUCUAUAUUCACGACUUUUGCAUGCGACCCUCGCCUGCGACCCAGAAGACGAAGGUGCCGGAUGUCUUGGCCAUCACGGCACGCGAUCACCCAAUCUUGAAUACCUGCCGCCAACUGUCCGACGAAGGCUUCGACAUGUUCCUCAGCAGCAAUGAAUUCGUCCAGGAUAUUAUUGUCACCAGUCUCACCGAGUCGGCCUGCAAAUUCAUAAGCUCCUUUAUCAAGGGUCUUGGCAGCAAGAAGCACAUGGUGCGGAGGAUGGGUCUUGCCAUUGAGGAACCCGAUGGAGAAUUGCUCAAGAAGCUCCUGGACUGGCUAAUAAUGCUGCGUAACGCCGAAAGGAUCAAAUCUGGUGUGCUGGUACUGCGAGUAAAGCUUAGACGACCGACAAAGUCCCCACCACUAUUCUCGCCAGUAGGAGAAUCCUGGACUAUCACGCCCAAAGACGAGGACCUUAUGACGCUGAACAUCGUCAUUGGCGACGAGAGGGGCUCAUGGAGGGAUUUCGACAAAAGCAUGAUAUCUGACUGGGAAGGUCGUCAACGAGGCACGGACAGAGUGCUUGGUGCAUGCCGAGCCUCCGGUAUGGAAAGCGUGAAAGACCGCGAAAUCGCAUGGCGAAAUGAACGACGACAGUGGUGGGAAGCGACCCGGGAAACGAUGCGCGAGAAGCUAGAGUUUUGGUUGAAAGUGAUGAGGGACCUACAACCAAAACCAAAAGGCUUCGGGGCCUGCAAAGAUCAAAUUCCGAGAGCUCAGAAACCAAGGGGCUUGCUAGGAGAGGCAGCUUAAGGGUCACAUCCCAUUAUUUGCCUCUCCAGACCACUACUGCGCUCCUUCCGACACCGAUGUCAGGCAAGGUCGUUUUCCGAGUGUCGAUCGAUUCGCCUGAAGCUUAAGCGAAUUCGGCUCUCCCUCUUGAUGGUUGUAGAGCAAUGACUGGCUGUCGAAAGGCAUAGUCCUAUCUGGAUCACAGAGCUCGUCCAGGGAGACCACAAAAUAGCGUACCCAUCGACAUUGCGCAGACUUGAGAAAAGUACUGUGUCUUGUGAAAGCUGGAAAAGUGACAGAGCUCAGCAUACGGGGAGGAAGCAACCGGGCAGAUUCGACUCUCCUUCCUCAUGACUGUAAGGCAACGACUGACUGCAGGUAUGCACAGUUAUCUCUGGAUCAACAGC